GCUCUUGGCUCGGGCGUGGGGGCUGGCACAGGGGCUGGUAAACAUUGACUUGCUGACGAACAUGCAGUUCCUAGCUUCCUGGUCACAAGGAGGAAGAACUCAUGGUCCCAGUUCUUGCCUGGCCUGACUCCUUCCCACAUGCACGAUGAUGCUCCCCGGGGCCUUCCUGCUGGGCCUCUCCCUGCUGCUCCUGGCCAGGCUGACCCAGGCCUGCCCUGUGGGCUGUGACUGCUUCAAUCGGGAGGUGGUGUGCACCGCUGAGGACAUGGAUGACGUACCUCGGGGCAUCCCCAAGAAUGCCACCGAGAUCAUCUUUGUGGAGACCUCGAUGCUGACCCUGAGGUCCUGGGCCUUCAGCAAUGCCAGCGGCUUGUCCAAGGUGGUCUUCCUCAACACUAAGAUUCAGUCUCUGCAGGCAGAGGCCUUUGGCGGGCUGCCGGGGCUGGAGGAUCUGGAGAUCACAGGCAGCCCCCUGGUGGGUCUUCAGGAUGGGGCCUUCAGGAAUCUGACCACACUCUGCAAACUCACGCUCAACUUCGACACUCUCAAAGCCCUGCCAGCCGACCUCUUCCAGGGCCUGGACACCUUGAAGUCCCUUCACCUGCAAGGUAACCAGCUGCAGACGCUGCCCCCGGCGGUCUUCCAGCCCCUUGAGGCUCUGCGCCUCCUCAACCUUGCCCAGAACCUCCUGGGGCAGAUCUCUGAGCAGCUCCUGGCUCCCCUGGCCAGCCUCCAGACCCUGAAGCUGAGCGACAACUUCUUGGCCACGCUCCCGCCUCUGGCCUUUGGGGGCCUGGGCAGCCUGCAAGAGCUGUUUCUGGACGGCAACAGGCUCACGGAGCUUCCCCAGGACGUGUUCUCCGGGCUGGGUGCCCUGCAGAAGCUCUGGCUGCAGCACAACGCCAUCGACCACCUCCCCCCGACAGUCUUCUCUUCCCUGGGCAACCUGACCUUCCUGAACCUGCAAGGGAACAUGCUCCGGGUGCUCCCCGGAGGCCUCUUCGACCAGACGCCCAACCUGGCCAGGCUGUCCGUGUCCAGCAACCGGCUGGAGAACGUCUCCGGGGGUGCGUUCAGAAACUCCCCCCAGCUCAGCGUCGUCACCCUGUCGCACAACAGCCUGCGCAGCCUUCCUCCCGGGCUCUUGACCGCGCCCAGCCUCACCAAGCUCUACCUGGCCAGCAACAACUUGACAGCCCUGGACAGGCAGCUCUUCCAGAACCUGACGCGCCUGCAGCUGCUCAGCCUCGCCGACAACUCGCUGACCAGCCUCCCCGACGGCAUUUUUGACAGUAACUUCGAGCUUUUCAACCUGGCCCUGCACGGCAACCCCUGGGCUUGCGACUGCCACCUGGCCUACCUCCUAAAGUGGCUGCAAGAGUACAUCGACCGCUUCUUCAACCUUCAGACCUACUGCGCCAGCCCCCAGUACUUAAAGGGCCAGGUGCUGCCGGCGCUGCAGGCGGAGCAGCUGGUGUGCCCCGCGCCCCUGGAGCACUACAGGUUCCGACCUUUCCUGGUGGAGAAGGAGGAGGAGUCAGGCAGCAGCUGGGACUUGCCUGCGGAGGAUCGAGCCCCCACCAGGUGCACCUACAGCAACCCGGAGGGGACGGUGGUGCUUGCGUGUGACCUAGCGGUCUGUCGAUGGCUCCGCGUGCAGCUGUCCCCCAGGCAGACCUCCUGCACCCCGGGCCUAACUUUCAAUUCCACUCAGGAAUGGGUUUUGAAAUCAAGCUGCGGCUCAGUCCAAGUCACUGUCUCCAUUAAUGCCCUGGGUGGAGGGGACUAGAGAGAGGCCAGAGACCGUCCCACACUGCGGCUCUGGAGAGCUCCUCCAGCCGAAUGAGAGUGUUUCCUAAGAAACCAAGAAAUAAAGGGUACUAGUGAUGCUGUCCCAA